GGAUUGGUAAAUCAGUCUUGCUUAUUUUUAAAACAGUUUUUUGAGUGGGUGAAUGUGGAAGGGUGGGCAUGGUACCAGAUAAGUGAAUGUGUGGGUAUACAUGUAUCUAUAUGAGUGAAAGCCAGAAUAAUUACUCUGCUCAGUGCCUGGUUUGGCACCAUACCAUGUUUUAAAUUGCAGAUCUAAACAGAGUGCUAGUUAAUAGGAAGUUACAUUUUCAGAUUAAUAGUGGCGUUUGGUGCACAAAGAAGCAGGCUAUUUACUUUCUCUUUCUCUUUUAUUCAUUCUUUUUUCCUUUCACACUGAUAAGGAGGAGACAGGGGAAUUGGGGAAAAGAUGGGUUUUGUCAUGAAUCCUGGGGAUUAGCUGUGAUGUCACUGCAAACUCUGUGCAAUCGAUCAUUUGUGAUGUUAGAGCUCCAGGAGCAAGAGGGGGAAGGGAGAGAUGCGAGCAGUGGAAGAGAUGAUGUCGCUGUCAGAUGAGCAGCCAGCCUCCCUCACUGCCGCAUGCAGCCAGCUCUGUAAGGGCAAGCCUGCACAGUGCCGAAUGGAUUCCCCAAAAGAAAUCAAUCAAGCUGGAUUCGAGUGGCAGAGAACAGAGGGCAAACUGAAUGAAAUCGGGCUGAACGUUAGCAUGGACGGGCAGCUGAAAGACGGGCUUGUGAAGAAUGCCAGCUUCCUGGAGCAGAAUAAGCUCUGCUUGUUUGAGGGGAAGCUAGACAAAGAGCUCAGCAUUGAAGCGCAAGAUAGGGAAUAUCAAGCAACCUCGGGUCACCUCGAGAGCAGGUAUGUGAUUUCAGAAACCUGCCAUGCCUUGGAGGGUAAUUUGGCACACCCAAAGACAGCCCAGUUCCAUCUGGGUCUCAGAGAGGAGCCAGACAAAAACAAAACCACUACAGUUCAGGGGAAGGUGGCAGGGAAAAAUGGGCUAGAGACCAAGAGCCAGCCAGAUCUUGAUUUCCCUGAGGCUGCUGACAUCCCCACCCUGCACGUUAAGGAGCAGGAAACCAGUGUUUGGAACCCCAACUUUCAUUCAGUGGCUCAGUGCCCGAAGGGCUCAGGGGAAGCAACUCCAGGAAAGGAGAAUGGCAUCGCCCCUGCCUGCCCAGUGACUGGGGUGGUGAAUGAUAGCUCCGGUCAGCUUAAAAGUGAGUCCCCAUUACCAGUGGCUGGAGCCCACCCAGCCCCCACUACUGAGCAUUCAUCCACUAGCAUUUUACCUGUUGCUAUGGUGGAAUUCACCCAGGAAUAUUUGAAUGCAAAUUCUCACAGCAGAGGCCAUGAUAAGAAGUUGGAGAAAUCAAGUCCUACUGAGGAGGGGGCUGUGCUUGACCAAGCCCCCCAGCAGAAAAAGGCAGUGCACCGGGCCCUGUCUGAGUGUUCUCACCUCUCAGUUCCCCCAGCUGUCAACCUUGCAGAUAAGUACCCUGAACUCCCUGCCCGAGAAGAGCUUUCUUCUGGCCUGCUGCCUGCCAACAGUAGCCCGAUGCUGAGUAUAACAUCCAGGAAACUGGGAGCUCCUGCCAUACAGCGCUCCAUGACAGUGGCUGAAGAACAGACAGCUAGCUACAACGUGAGUCCUGGAGAACUGCCCAUCCUAUCUACUAAAGAGAUACCUCCUUUUAUCUGUGAGGAACCAGUAGUCAAGAAGAGAGAAGAAUUGAACCACUUCAGCAAUAGCAGCAGCAGCUCUGGGAAGAAGGAACUGGGCACUGCUGGGUUAUGUCUCCAUAGUAAGCUGGAGCAGAUUCCUGAAGGAAGCAGCAAGGAGAAAGGACAGGAAAAUAUUAAUGAAACAAGAAUUGAUUCAUACUCCCAAGUCUGCCAGGCAGGCGCAAAACAGCCAGGACAGACGGCUUUGGCAGGGAAGAAAGAAAUUGAGGUCACUGCAACCCAGAGCACGCCAUUGUUCCUGUGUGAAGAGACCCCACGUGAUGGUAUGUUUCUAAAUUUUGCCUCCAUUGGGGAUAAGCAGACAGCAAGGAACCAACCAAAGUGACAGAUUACUGGCAGGAGCAUUAGGCAGCUUGUUACUGUUAGAGUAUGUAACUGCCUGGGGAAACCUAAAUUCCCUUGUGUUGGAAGCUUGCUGGGAGGGAAGUGAGAAAGGGAACAAAGUGAAUGUGGCCAGGUCAAGCUGAAUGUCUGGUGGUAUGACAGAUAGUGUGGUCUGAGGAUGUUGGCUGACUGGCUUGGGGGUGGGAUGGGGUCAGAAGCAGGUGGGCAUGAAAAUCAGAGCCCCUUUCUUGACCUCGUGUCACCCUGCGCACCGCAUUCCCCAUCCUCCCACCUCUCAGCUCCCUGUUGGUUUGAACCAAAUGAUUCCUGAGCUCUAAAUCAUCCAAUCGCAAUGGACUGAUUUCCUUGCUUGAAAAGUCUGUCACUUUGUGUGGAUUCACAAUGGGUUUAUCAGCAUUUACUCUCUCAUUAAAUUGCACAGUCUGGGUGGAAGCUCUGUUUUCCGUUUUGCUUUUGAGAACGUUUUGCUUUUGUUCAAGCUGAAAAAGAGCCUUUUAAAGCUGGCUAUUUAGGUAUUCUUUUCUUGUUCUUCAUGUUUGACCCAAUCUUGCUUCUAGUUUUCUCUUUCUGUAUGUUUUUGGGAGGAUUUGUAGGGAGGAGAAAAAGAAAA